GCGGCGCGCGGAGAGGCGCGGCCACAGCCCACAGGACGGGCCGGGGCUGCAGGGCUGCCUCUGAGCAUGGUCAUGGGUCCCCGCCGAAGUGCUCUAAAGAUCAAGCUUUUUGCCUUCUAUUUCCUAUGACGGCCAGAGUUUCCUGUACUAAGAGUACCAAAAGUAUGAGAUUUGGAGUCUGACCUACCUGGAUGUGAAUCUUGGCUGUUUGUGUAACCUCAGAGGGUGUCAAUGAAGACCUCAAAGUCUGGAGAAAAAUGACCCUUUUCAUGGAAUACAAAGUAAACCUCUUGCCAUGUGUUUUUGCCUUCCUGACCUCUGAUAACUGAAACACAUGGCCCUGGAUCUGUAGAAAGUCAACUAAUCAAAUUCCUCCACAUCAUGCAUCAACUGUUCAGACUUGUUUUGGGACAAAAAGAUCUUUCACGAGCUGGAGACCUCUUCUCCUUAGAUGACUCUGAAAUUGAAGACAGCCUGACAGAAGCUUUGGAGCAAAUUAAAAUAAUUAGCUCAUCUUCAGAUUACCAAACCAAUAACAAUGACCAAGCAGUCGUUGAAAUCUGUAUCACAAGAAUCACAACAGCCAUCAGAGAGACAGAGUCCAUUGAAAAGCAUGCAAAGGCCCUUGUGGGGCUCUGGGACUCCUGCUUGGAACACAACCUGAGGCCCUCCGGGAAAGACGAAGACACUCCUCAUGCAAAAAUAGCAUCUGAUAUCAUGAGUUGCAUUUUGCAGAAUUACAACCGGCCCCCUGUGAUGGCAUUAGCCAUCCCCAUUGCAGUGAAAUUCCUCCACAGAGGCACCAAGGAACUGUGCAGGAAUAUGUCCAACUACCUGUCCCUAGCUGCAAUUUCCAAGGCGGACCUCCUGGCUGAUCACACGGAAGUUAUAGUAAAAAGCAUUCUCCAAGGUAAUGUCAUGUUGUUAAGGGUGCUACCUGCUGUGUAUGAAAAGCAGCCUCAGCCAAUUAACAGACACCUGACAGAACUCCUGGCCUUAAUGUCUCAGCUGGGACAAGCAGAACAGUACCAUUUACUACGGCUUUUGCAUGUAGCAGCAAAGAGAAAACAACUGGAGGUAGUUCAGAAGUGUAUUCCUUUCCUCAUUGGGCAUUUGAAGGAUUCAACCCAUAAUGACAUCAUCCUAAACAUCCUCAUAGAGAUAGCAAGUUAUGAACCGGUAGCUUUAAAUAGUUUUCUUCCAAUGCUGAAAGAGAUUGGUGAGAGAUUCCCCUACCUCAUUGGACAAAUGGCAAGGAUCUAUGGAGCUGUUGGGCAUGUGGAUGAAGAGAGAGCCAGGAGCUGCCUGAGGUACCUGGUGAGCCAGUUGGCCAACAUGGAGCAUUCAUUUCAUCAUAUUCUCCUGCUGGAGAUUAAGAGCAUCACCGACACCUUCUCCUCCAUCCUGGGCCCUCAGAGCAGAGACAUCUUCCGCAUGAGCAACAGCUUCACCGCCAUUGCCAAGCUCCUUACCCUACAACUGGAAAAUGCCAAGGCUGGUAGUGGCAGAAGAAAAAUCAGCUCUGAAAUUGAAUCCCCUGAGAGAAUGGAAGAAACCAAGAUCAUGGUAGCUGAAAAAGAAGACCAUGAAAAGCUCCAAGUUAAAAUCCAGGCUUUUGAAGACAAAAUAAAUGCUGAGAGCAAUACCCCUGGCUCUAUUAGAAGAUAUAGUUUGGGCCAAGUUUCUAAGGAAGAAAGAAAAAACAUUAGAUUUAACAGGUCAAAAAGUUUGGCUUUGCACACUGUGCUCACAAAGGGUGUGAGUUCAGAUGAUGGGGAAGAUGUAGAGAAUGGAGAGAUACCAGCCAGCAUCUCUCUUUCAGAAAUAGACCCACUUAGCCAAAGAAGUGACAAGUUACCCUUUAAGACAGACACUGACAGAUCACAGCUGGGAAAUUCUUCAGUUUCACACCCAAAUAUUAUACAUAUAGAAUCAGAGAAUUCACCAGAAACUGUUAAAGAAAACUUCCAGGAAGAAACUCCGGAGACACCCGCAAGUCCUACAGAAUACCAAGAUAAGCUCUACUUGCACUUGAAGGAAAACCUCAGUAAAGUGAAAGCAUAUGCCUUGGAAAUCGGAAAGAAGAUUCCAGUCCCUGAUCAGUGUACCAUUGAAGAUACUGUUAGGAGUUGUGUAGCAAAGCUGUUCUUCACAUGCUCCCUGAAGGGUCAUUACUGCCUAUACAGUAAGUCCAGUUUUAUUCUCAUCAGCCAAGAACCUCAGCCAUGGAUCCAGAUCAUGUUUCUGUUUCAGCAGAGCCUGUUUCCUGAGCCCCUGUCCAUACAGAGUCGUUCUGUGCAAUUCCUCAGAGCUCUGUGGGAGAAGACCCAGGCAGGGGGUGCUCACAGCUUUGAAGCAGCCAUGAUGGAGUCCACGUUUCCACAGCAGAAGGAUCUGGACCAGGUACAGCUGCAUCUGGAGGAAGUGAGGUUCUUUGACGUGUUUGGCUUCAGCGAAACAGCAGGAGCAUGGCAAUGCUUCAUGUGCAACAACCCUGAAAAAGCAACUGUUGUAAAUCAAGAUGGCCAGCCUCUCAUAGAAGGAAAACUUAAAGAGAAGCAAGUCAGAUGGAAGUUCAUCAAAAGGUGGAAAACUCGUUAUUUUACACUGGCUGGAAAUCAACUUCUGUUUCAAAAAGGAAAGUCUAAAGACGAUCCGGAUGACUCCCCAAUAGAACUCAGCAAAGUACAGAGUGUGAAAGCUGUGGCCAAGAAACGCAGGGACCGCUCUCUCCCUCGGGCUUUCGAAAUCUUCACAGACAAUAAAACCUACGUUUUCAAGGCCAAGGAUGAGAAGAAUGCAGAAGAAUGGCUCCAAUGCAUCAAUGUGGCUGUUGCCCAAGCAAAAGAGAGGGAAAGUAGAGAAGUAACCACAUAUCUCUAGGGAUUUACAAGCCAUCCUCACGCAAUUGUACACCACAGGCAUUGCGUUAUCAUUGCCAAUGUCAAGAAAACAAGAUAAAUUCACCAAGCAUGUUGUUUUUUACUAAAUACCAGUGGAAUUGUUGUCCCUAAGAAGAGGAGUCUAAAAUGGCAGGAUUCUUAGUAAAUUUCAUACCCUAACAGCUUUUGUUUUAACUCCAGAAUAUCUGUCUGGUACACACAAGGGAAAGGAGCUAUCAAGAAUGCCCUCAGAUGGUGGGGAGCCAGGAAGGAACAAGUCACUGAUAAAGAUACUUGUGUAGAUAUGUCAUUUAAAAUUGUAAGAAACAACUUUGAAAGAUGCCUGAACUAUCCUGAGGAAAAAUUCACACUUCUGAUGAAAAUCAGUCUGUCAAAUGUAUUAAAAGAAAAAGGGAAAAAAAGAAAACCUAUUAGAAAAGUUAAAUUAAUGUACACUGAGAAAAACCAUAUAACUUACUAAUAAUUACAUUAUCCUCACUUAAGUAAAAUGGGUCUAACAUGUGGUAAAAUGGUCCUCAAAUUAAGCCACUUGUGAAAUUAUUAUAAAUGUCUAUCUUUCAGAAUUACUUGUUUAAUUAUUCCCUUUAGGUUCAUAUAAUAUAAUCUAAAGUUUAGGUAUUUGGAUACAUCUACUGCCGACACCAGUAACUGUAAGAUAGAAUAAGCAUAGAAAACCAUUUUCUCUAUCUUCAAAAUAUAUGCCAUCUCCAGUAAACUUUAACAUUUUAAACUAAAGUUCUAUAAUUUCCUUCUAUGUAUUCAACUUUUUAAUGCCUCCAAAUUACAAACAUUUAUUGGUUUUUUUCUAUUACCCAUAUAUAUUUCUUUAACUAAGCUAUAGUAGACAGAAUUCUAGAAUGAUUCCCAGUGACCCAUGCCCUGGUAUAAUCCUCUUCCUGUUGAGUGUGGGCGGGGGCCUAUAACUUGCUUCUAACUAAUAGAAUAUGACAAAGACAAUGAGAUCGUCUCUCCCAUAAUUAUGUUGCAUUAUGCAGCAAAGGUGAAAAGAUUUUGCAGGUUUACUUAAGGUCUCUGAUCAGCUGACUUCGAGUUAAUUGAAGAGAUAUCCUGAGUGGGCCUGACCUAAUCAGAUGAGUCCUUUAAAAGUUGGUGAGCAAGUCAGAGACUCUCUCUUCUACUGGCCUUGAAUAAGCAAGCUGCCUCAAGUUCUACAGCUGCAGAGAAAUGAAUUUUAUUAAUAAUCAUGUGAUCACAAAAGAAGACUCCGAGCCUCGGAUUAGAGCCCAGCCCCAGCCAACAUCGUGAUUAUAGCUUUGUGAAGCUCUGAGUAGAGGACUCAGCUAAACCAUGCUUGGACUCUUGACCCACAAAAACUUUGAGAAAAUAAAUGCACGCUGUUUUUAA